GUAUCCGCUACAGUGAAGAGGUGUCUGUUGAUGAGGUGAAGGCUCUGGCCUCUCUGAUGACAUACAAGUGUGCCGUGGUUGGUAAGUCCCUCUCCUCUCUAUGUUCACAUCUCAUUCAUGCCUUCAUGCUCCUGAAUUCAUGCAAGUAUACACACUGAUCUGAGAGAUUUCUUUAUUGGCAUUUUCAGAGAGCUGUUUUCAAAGCAAUGAAGUGUGUGUUUGUUUGUGUGUGUGUGUGUGUGUGUGUGUGUGUGUGUGUUCUUAAGCUCACAUUUUUAAGCUUUAUUCUUUCUCUCCAGAUGUACCCUUCGGAGGGGCUAAAGCUGGUGUCAAGAUCAACGUAAAAAAUUACUCUGUAAGUCCCUCAGACACGCACAAAGACACCCGCAUACAGUGCAUUCAGAAAGGAUUCAGACCCCUUGACUUUUUUCACAUUAUUCUAAAAUGGAUAAAAUAGUUUUUUCCCCUCAUCAAUCUACACACAAUACCCCAUAAUGACAAAGCGAAAACAGGUUGUAAUUAAAAAAUAAAACCCAAAAAAUAAAACGGAAAUACCUUAUUUACAUGAGUAUUCAGUCCCUUUGCUAUGACUCUUGAAAUUGAGAUCAGGUGCAUCCUUUUUCCAUUGAUUAUCCUUGAGAUGUUUCUACAACUUGAUUGGAGUCCACCUAAAUUGAUUGGACAUGAUUUGGAAAGGCACACACCUGUCUAUACAGUGCAUUCGGAAAGUAUUCAGACCCCUUGACUUUUUCUACAUUUUGUUACGUUACAGCCUUAUUCUAAAAUGAAUUAAAUUGUUUUUUUCCCUCAUCAAUCUACACACAAUACCCCAUAAUGACAAAGCAAAAACAGGUUCUUAGAAAGUUUUGCUAAUGUAUUACAAAUUAAACACUGAAAUAUCACAUUUACAUAAGUAUUCAGACCCUUUACUCAGUACUUUGUUGAUAAGAGCGUCUGCUAUAUGAUGUAAAUGUAAAUGAAGCACCUUUGGCAGCGAUUACAGCCUUGAGUCUUCUUGGGUAUGACGCUACAAGCUUGGCACACCUGUAUUUGGGGAGUUUCUCCCAUUCCUCUCUGCAGAUCCUCUCAAGCUCUGUGAGGUUGGAUGGGGAGCGUUGCUGCACAGCUUUUUUCAGGUCUCUCCAGAGAUGUUCAAUCGGGUUCAAGUCUGGGCUCUGGCUGGGCCACUCAAGGACAUUCAGAGACUUGUCCCGAAGCCACUCCUGCGUUGUCUUGGCUGUGUGCUUAGGGUCGUUGUCCUGUUGGAAGGUGAACCUUCGCCCCAGUCUGAGGUCCUGAGCACUCUGGAGCAGGUUUUCAUCAAGGAUCUCGCUAUACUUUGCUCCGUUGUGGCCGUUGUUGCUCCUAGACGUUUCCACUUCACAAUAACAGCACUUACAGUUGACCGGGGCAACUCUAGCAGGGCAUAAAUUUGACAAACUGACUUGUUGGAAAGGUGGCGUCCUAUGACGGUGCCACGUUGAAGGUCACUGAGCUUGUCAGUAAGGCCAUUCUACUGCCAAUGUUUGUCUAUGGAGAUUGCAUGGCUGUGUGCUCGAUUUUAUACACCUGUCAGCAACGGGUGUGCCUGAAAUAAAUGAAUCUACUAAUUUGAAGGGGUGUCCACAUACUUUUGUAUAUGUAGUGUAGAUAGAUACUGGUGUGUAUGUGUGUCUACUGGGGCUGACCCCAUUUAGUCGACUGGUCGAUUGUUUGGUUGAUAGGCUGGCUGUUGGUCGACCAAGAUUUAGUAGAGCAGAUUCACGCCUGUCUGAGUGGACUUAUCCAUUGCAGAGGCCGUGGGGAUGGCACAGUAGAUCACUGUAAGACGUGCUGCUGAAAUUGUAUAUGGUUAUAUUAUGUAAGAACAAUGGUGCACCACUAAUAAAAAUAUUAUUAUUUUAUAACAAAUGCGCUUUCUCCCACAUUGGAUAGCGGUCGCUGUCUACGGUUCUGAAACAUCAGUCUGCUGUUGAUUUGGUGCCUUUUCCUAGACCAUGUUGCAACGUGCAUACAAGUAAAGUUAACCAGCAUAUUGGUGUUGAGAACAAUGCGGCGGAGGCAGCAGUGGAGUUUGACGACGAGAAAACAGCCCUUGCCUUAAUUGUCUAAGAAAAAUGAUUAGAGAGGAAUCCAACUUAAUUAGGUCUAUAAUCAAUAGCCCAACUGUUAAAUGUGCCUGACUUUAUUAGACACAAAGGAAACCCUUCUCUCUCUCCUUGUGUACACUGUGAUCAAUAAUUUAUCUUUAUAUCUCCCCUUUCUUUUUUUCUCUCUCCAACGCUCUCUCUCUCUCCUCUCUUUCCCUCUCUCUCCUUGUAACGUGUACGGUGGGAGUCAGGAAGCAAGUACAGGGAGUGAAUUUCAUAAUAAAUGGAACAAGGAACAAAACAAGAGAACCUGAGUAGUGUACAGACAUGAAUCAACAGAACAGAAUCAAUAAGUCCUAGGGAAGGAACCAAAGGGAGUGACAUACAGGGGAGGUAGGCUCGGCAGGGAGUAUAUGUGACACUCCUCUCAAUUCAGUUACAUUCAAAGGGGCUUUAUUGGCAUGGGAAACGUGUUUACAUUGCCAAAGCAAGUGAAAUAAACAAUAAACAAACGUGAGAACACAAAACAAAAUCAACAAAAAACUAUUAGAAAUGAAAAGUAAGCCUUUCUCUCUCUCUCUCUCUCUCUCUCCAGGACAAUGAGCUGGAGAAGAUCACUAGGAGGUUUACCAUUGAGUUGGCCAAGAAAGGCUUCAUCGGUAAGUGUGACUGUGUGCCUCACACAGCCUUAUGUAGCCAGUUGUCCCCUAUGAUCCUGGAUGCUAAUGUCUGUGAUGUGUUCACUCAAAACACAUAGAGAUGUCUCUCCCUUACGUUUAAUAAUAGUGAUGGGGUAGUAGGCCCCUCUUCCAGUCAGUCAGCUCCUCCCCCUUCCUCCCUCCCUCUGUCCAGUUCUGUUUUUGGACGUGUCUUCUUGGUGUUGGGGCCUAGUGAACAAAUAAGAAUGUCCCUCUACAUACCACAUCCUGUUUAUACCACAGAGAGGGAGAGAGUGUGGUAUUUAGAAAUGUCUCUCUGCCAUCAGAGAAUAGUGGGCAUUCAGAAACCUCAAGUCAGCCACUGUACAGUAUUAAACAAAUAGUAAGCAUAUACUGUAGAAGCUAACUAGUUGGUGUAAAUUUAGAAUAUGGACACGUAUAGGAUUUAUUAAUACGUUUAUCUCAAACGUGUGUGUACGGGAGAGAGAAAGAAAUAUGUAGGGUGUGUGUACAUGCUUUCCUUCCUCACAUAUACCUUCACUCUCCUUCCCCCUCCUCCCCUCAGGGCCAGGUAUUGAUGUUCCUGCUCCUGACAUGAGCACUGGAGAGAGAGAGAUGUCCUGGAUCGCUGACACAUACGCCAACACCAUCGCACACACUGUGAGUUACCACACACACAACACACACACACUGACCCCAACGCGACCAAAGUAAUUAUUGUAUAGUGUUUGGCCAUUCAUUCCCAUACUGAGCUCAGAGUAACCUGUUACCCUGUGGCCAGUCAGUGCCUCACAGUGUGGUGUGUGUGUAUAGCCCUUAUGCCAGGCUGGAUACAGACAGAGGGUGACAUAAUCCCUACUGAGAGGUGGCAAUAGGUAGAGGGCAUAUGUGGUCACUCUUUCUCCUUCUGUAUCCCUCCCCCGUCUCUCUUUUUAUCCCUCCCGCUCUCCUUCCACUACAGUAGUAAAAACCCUUAGUUGUAGUUGGCAGGAUGUGUAAAGGCAGAUGAAUUCCAACUCUCAGGCCCUCUGUGCGUUCCAUCUACAAAUUACCUUGCAUUCCCCAAAAAAAUACUCAUUGUGAUUAGCGAAUCCUCACAGAGCCUUGCUCAGGCCGAUCCCCUCGAACACUCUUCCUCCAUAUACCAAAGCAACUGUGCUGCAUAUCUGGCCACAGGGCAGUAUGGGUACUGAAGUUCUGUAGUUUGGCUCCCAGAGCAGUUUGGGUGCUGUAGUUCUAUAGUCUGGCCCACAGGGCAGUAUGGCUAUUGUGGUUCAGUAGUCUGGCCCCAGGGCAGUAUGGGUACUGUAAUUCAGUAGUAUGUGUCCGUCAUCUACCUCUCAUAAUUAUGCUAAGGUUCUAUCUCACAGUCUGACAAACUGCCAACAGAUUUAAUCCAAUUAUACGUAUGCUCUAAAGUGUGUGUCUCUGUGUGUGUGUGUGUCUCUGGGAAUGUCUCUAUGUGUAUGCAGGACAUCAACGCCCACGCAUGUGUGACAGGGAAGCCCAUCAGCCAGGGUGGUAUCCACGGUCGUAUCUCAGCCACCGGUCGCGGAGUGUUCCACGGCAUUGAGAACUUCAUCAACGAGGCGUCCUACAUGAGCAUGCUGGGCCUGACCCCCGGCUUCCAGGAUAAGACCUUCAUCAUCCAGGUACAUACACCCAUAGACACACACACAUACGUGCACGCAUGCAUACGCACGCUACACACACAUACACACUUUAUUUUGACGCCAAACCCUCCACUGGUGUGCAUGGCCAAAGAGCUGUAUUUUCAUGUCAUCUGACCAUUGGACCGGCUCCAAUCCAAGUGCCAAUGGCGUUUAGCAAACUCCAGGCAUUUACAUUUGUUGGAUGACAUGAAAAUAGAGGUCUUUGGCCACGCACAGCAAUGGUGGGUUUGGCGUCGAAUAAGGAUGCAUAAGCAGAAAACAACCCCAUACCUACACUCUUAGAAUUAGUGGUGAUUCGAGGAACCCUGGAGUUCCUCAUGGAACCAUUGCUAGUCAAUGGUUCAUAUUUGCACCUUCGGUUAGUUGAGGGGUUCUUGGAGGAACCUUUAAUGGUUCAAUGUAGCAAUGGGUUCCAGAAGGAACCCUGGAGUGAAGGCAUGGCUUAGUAGGGGAUGGGCUUUAAGAUAUAUUUUUUGGGCCACCCGCUAGAGUAAAUGUAAUUCUUGUUAAUCUGUUCUGUUGUCUUGUCAUCACAUGUUAAGGUGAAUGCUGACAGUUUUGUAGUUUCAAUGAGCUAACCGAUGUGUAUGAGUUCCUCAAAUCCCAAUGUUGGAAUAGUUCCCACUUUAUUACUACGUAAUCAGCUAUGUUAAUAUUAUAUCAGAAUAUGUAAUAUACAUAAAUAUUCAAGGAACGUUUUAAUUAGCAGUGUACAAACUUAACAUGAUGAACAGGAAUUACAUUUUCGCUAACGGGUGACCAAAAAUAACUAUCUGAAAGCAUCCAAUAAGCCACGCCUCCAAUCUGAUAGGCUGCCACCUCUAUAUUAUUAAAAAGGUUCAACAUUUGCUUCCAAUGGUCCUGGGGCCCUUGUUAAGGUCAACGGCAUCAUUAACUUUUAUUCAUGAACUUUUAUUAAUUUCUUAUCAUUAAACCAUUCAAAUCAUUUUAUUGUGCUGCUAAAUGUACAGUGUGGGAAAAAGGUAUUAUAUCCCCUGCUGAUUUUGUACGUUUGCCCACUGACAAAGAAAUGAUCAGUCUAUAAUAUUAAUGGUAGGUUUGUUUGAACAGUGAGAGACAGAAUAAUAACAAAAAAAUCAAGAAAAACCCAUGUCAAAAGUGUUAUAAAUUGAUUUGCAUUUUAAUGAGGGAAAUAAGUAUUUGACCCCCUCUCAAUCAGAAAGAUUUCUGGCUCCCAGGUGUCUUUUAUACAGGUAACGAGCUGAGAUUAGGAGCACACUCUUAAAGGGAGUGCUCCUAAUCUCAGUUUGUUACCUGUAUAAAAGACACCUGUCCACAGAAGCAAUCAAUCAAUCAGAUUCCAAACUCUCCACCAUGGCCAAGACCAAAGAGCUCUCCAAGGAUGUCAGGGACAAGAUUGUAGACCUACACAAGGCUGGAAUGGGCUACAAGACCAUCGCCAAGCAGCUUGGUGAGAAGGUGACAACAGUUGGUGCGAUUAUUCGCAAAUGGAAGAAACACAAAAUUAACUGUCAAUCUCCGAGUGUGUAGUAUCCUAUUCUAGAUAUUGCACAAUCAAACAGAGAAACUAAGUGAUUUCAUCACAAAAUAAUUGCGGUAUAUGAAAUCUCUGAAGCUAUUAUAAAAAAUUAUAAUGUAAAGAUACGUACAGUUGAAGUCGGAAGUUUAUAUACACUUAGGUUGGAGUCAUUAAAACUAAUUUUUCAACCACUCCACACAUUUCUUGUUAACAAACUAUAGUUUUGGCAAGUUGGUUAGGACAUCUACUUUGUGCAUGACACAAGUAAUUUUUCCAACAAUUGUUUACAGAAAGAUUAUUUCACUUAUAAUUCACUGUUUCCCAAUUCCAGUGGGUCAGAAGUUUACAUACACUAAGUUGACUGUGCCUUUAAACAGAAAAUGAUGUCAUGGCUUUAGAAGCUUCUGAUAGGCUAAUUGACAUCAUUUGAGUCAAUUGGAGGUCUACCUGUGGAUGUAUUUCCAGGCCUACCUUCAAACUCAGUGCCUCUUUGCUUGACAUCAUGGGAAAAUAAAUCAGCCAAGACCUCAGAAAAACAAUUGUAGACCUCCACAAGUCUGGUUCAUCCUUGGGAGCAAUUUCCAAACGCCUGAAAGUACCACGUUCAUCUCUACAAACAAUAGUAUGCAAGUAUAAACACCAUGGGACCACGCAGCCGUCAUACUGCUCAGGAAGGAGAUGCGUUCUGUCUCCUAGAGAUGAACGUACUAUGGUGCGAAAAGUGCUUAUCAAUCCCAGAACAACAGCAAAGGACCUUGUGAAGAUGCUGGAGGAAACAGGUACAAAAGUAUCUAUAUCCACAGUAAAACGAGUCCUAUAUCGACAUAACCUGAAAGGCCGCUCAGCAAGGAAGAAGCCACUGCUCCAAAACGGCCAUAAAAAAGCCAGACUACGGUUUGCAACUGCACAUGGGGACAAAGAUCGUACUUUUUGGAGAAAUGUCGUCUGGUCUGAUGAAACAAAAAAUAUAACUGUUUGACCAUCGUUAUGUUUGGAGGAAAAAGGCGGGAGGGCUUGCAAGCCGAAGAAUACCAUCCCGUCCAUGAAGCGUGGGGUGGCAGCAUCAUGCUGUGGGGGUGCUUUGCUGCAGGAGGGACUGGUGCACUUCGCAAAAUAGAUUGCAUCAUGAGGAAGGAAAAUUAUGUGGAUAUAUUGAAGCAACAUCUCAAGACAUCAGUCAGGAAGUUAAAGCUUGGUCGCAAAUGGGUCUUCCAAAUGGACAAUGACCCCAAGCAUACUUCCAAAGUUGUGGCAAAAUGGCUUAAGGACAACAAAGUCAAGGUAUUGGAGUGGCCAUCACAAAGCCCUGACCUCAAUCCUAUAGGACAUUUGUGGGCAGAACUUAAAAAGCGUGUGCGAGCAAGGAGGCCUACAAACCUGACUCAGUUACACCAGCUCUGUCAGGAGGAAUGGGCCAAAAUUCACCCAACUUAUUGUGGGAAGCCUGUGGAAGGCUACCCGAAACGUUUGACCCAAGUUAAACAAUUUAAAGGCAAUGCUACCAAAUACUAAUUGAAUGCAUGUAAACUUCUGACCCACUGGGAAUGUGAUGAAAUAAAUAAAAGCUGAAAUAAAUCAUUCUCUCUACUAUUAUUCUGACAUUUCACAUUCUUAAAAUAAAGAGGUGAUCCUAACUGACCUAAGACAGGGAAUUUUUACUAGGAUUAAAUGUCUGGAAUUGUGAAAAACUGAGUUUAAAUGUAUUUGGCUAAGGUGUAUGUAAACUUCCGACUUCAGCUGUAUAUAUACGACAAUUGAAUAGAGGAUACCACAUUACUUCUUACUACUUACACAUUUCUUGUUUUAGAGACAUUACAAACCAUGCUCAUCUGUUUUUGGUGUAAUUAUGGCAACAACAAAAAUAUUUGGCUGUUAAGAAAUCUGAGUGGCUGGUAGAUUUUUUUCAUCUACCUGCCACAGUGGUUUGUGGACCAUAACGUUACUUUCCCACCCUGAAGGUGAGGCAUUGAAAGGUAUUGAAAACGGGUGCUAAUCAUUUUGACCCCUAUUUUUUUGUUGUUGAAAAAUAGGAUUACUUGUUAAACAAAAUGUAUUUCUCUGAGCAAUUGUAUUAGUAUAAAAUAAUAUAAGAAAAAAUAUAUUUGCAUAUAAAUAUUUGUAUUUAUUUUAUACAGUGUUUUUUGCUAAUCUUUAUCAAUAUUUUUGGAUUUGACUGUACAUACAUACAGACGCAGACGCGCGCAGACACACACACACACACACACACACUUGCAGGCCCUCUGCCUUUAUCAGCCUUUCGCUGUAAUGAGCUGCGGAGGGUGUGCGACAAGGUAUGUGUGUGUGUGUAGGUCACUUAGUGAAAGGGUGAAUGUACUACAGAUUAAGUUAGGAUGAAAGUGAAUGGCAACAGCAGUAGAGAUCUGUUGAUGUACUCGCAUCUCGCUUGGUGCCUGAUGCACAGACUGACUGACUAAACAGAGAGAGGUUGGAGAUGAGGAAUGUCUGUUUGUGUGUAGGGGUUGCAGGGAGAGGGGUGAGGUGGAGAGAGCUCACCCUGGGCCCUGCCGAUCUGCUGUGUGUGUGUUUAGGGAUAAUCGCUGUGUGAUUAGAUUUUCUUGGAGAUUUAGUGAGUACGCAGAUGUGUGAUGUCAUCAUGUAGCUAGCAGAUGACAGAGAGAGUUGAGGAAAGGAGAGGCCAGAUUUCUGCUGCAACAGAGGAGGGGAUAAUGGAGAGAUAAACGGAGGAGAGGAUAAUGGAGAGAUAGACGGAGGAGAGGAUAAUGGAGAGAUAGACGGAGGAGAGGAUAAUGGAGAGAUAGACAGAGGAGAGGAUAAUGGAGAGAUAGACGGAGGAUAGGAUAAUGGAGAGAUGGACGGAGGAGAGGAUAAUGGAGAGAUGGACGGAGGAGAGGAUAAUGGAGAGAUGGACGGAGGAGAUGAUAAUGGAGAGAUAGACAGAGGAGAGGAUAAUGGAGAGAUAGACAGAGGAUAGGAUAAUGGAGAGAUGGACGGAGGAGAGGAUAAUGGAGAGAUGGACGAGGAGAGGAUAAUGGAGAGAUGGACGGAGGAGAGGAUAAUGGAGAGAUGGACGGAGGAGAGGAUAAUGGAGAGAUGGACGGAGGAGAUGAUAAUGGAGAGAUGGACGGAGGAGAGGAUAAUGGAGAGAUGGACGGAGGAGAGGAUAAUGGAGAGAUGGACUGAGGAGAGGGUAAUGGAGAGAUGGACUGAGGAGAGGGUAAUGGAGAGAUGGACUGAGGAGAGGAUAAUGGAGAGAUGGACUGAGGAGAGGAUAAUGGAGAGAUGGACUGAGGAGAGGAUAAUGGAGAGAUGGACUGAGGAGAGGAUAAUGGAGAGAUGGACUGAGGAGAGGAUAAUGGAGAGAUGGACUGAGGAGAGGAUAAUGGAGAGAUGGACUGAGGAGAGGAUAAUGGAGAGAUGGACUGAGGAGAGGAUAAUGGAGAGAUGGACUGAGGAGAGGAUAAUGGAGAGAUGGACUGAGGAGAGGAUAAUGGAGAGAUGGACUGAGGAGAGGAUAAUGGAGAGAUGGACUGAGGAGAGGAUAAUGGAGAGAUGGACUGAGGAGAGGAUAAUGGAGAGAUGGACUGAGGAGAGGAUAAUGGAGCGAUGGACUGAGGAGAGGAUAAUGGAGAGAUGGACUGAGGAGAGGAUAAUGGAGAGAUGGACUGAGGAGAGGAUAAUGGAGAGAUGGACUGAGGAGAGGGUAAUGGAGAGAUGGACUGAGGAGAGGAUAAUGGAGAGAUGGACGGAGGAGAGGAUAAUGGAGAGAUAGACGGAGGAAAGGAGCUGAUCUCUUAGUAUUUAUAGACGUCAGCCACUGCUGCUCUGGACACGACUCAACUACAGUAUCUAUUGUGCAGGGCUUAUAGCAGCGUUAUAUGUCUCAAUACUCAUCAUAGUUAAAGCCACAUUUCCCAGUUGUACCAGGUUUGGAUAAUAUUUUAUAUUACCUGCUUUCAAUCCUCUCGCUCUGCUUAUUUGCUGUUUCAGUUUAUUAGCUGUAUUAUCUGUGGCUGUGGCUUCUGCAGUGACAGAGGGGUCCACAUGGGGGCGCUAGUGUCAUGUGUCUGUAAUGGAGCUGAGAUCAGGCCUGGGGGGGGUGUUUCUGCACAUGUGGUGGUAGUGAUGAUGAUGGUGGUGUGUGUGUGUGUGUGUGAUGAUGAUGAUGAUGAUGAUAAUAAUAAUAAUCUUUCUCCCUCUCCGUUUCUGUCUUCAUUAGGGCUUUGGUAAUGUGGGCCUCCACUCCAUGCGGUACCUCCACAGGUACGGUGCUAAGUGUGUGGGCAUAGCUGAGUAUGACGGCAGCAUCUACAAUCCAGAGGGCAUUGACCCCAAGCAGCUGGAGGACUACAAACUGGUAGGAAUAUUCUCUUACUCUCCUGCAUUCUCUCUCCCUCUUCUUCUUUCCGUCUACCCUCUUCCUCCCUCUCUUGCUCUGAAUAUGAGCUGGCCAAGAAAGGCUUCUUCUCUCUCUUGCUUUGUACUAACCUGUAUCUGUACGUGUCUGUGUCUGUGCGCAGCAACACGGUACGAUCGUAGGUUUCCCCGGGGCUCAGCCGUAUAAGGGCAGCCUCCUGGAAGCGCCGUGUCACAUCCUGAUCCCUGCCGCCAGCGAGAAGCAGCUCACACGCAACAACGCCCACAGAAUCAAGGCCAAGGUACUACAGUACAGACAACACCCCUAUCUAAAUGACACUACCCACAAUACCCUAUUUUCCUCUAAAGUUUAAACUACACUACCCACAGUCCUCUGCUCUAGCCAGUGUUGUUUUUUAAAAUGUUUGUUGUUUCUUCCAGAUCAUUGCUGAGGGAGCCAACGGCCCCACCACACCCGAUGCUGACAAGAUCUUCCUGGAGAACAAAGUCAUGGUCAUCCCUGUAAGAACACACACACACACACACACACACACACACACACACACACAACGCACACAUACACACUCACCCCGACAUGCAUAAAUCACACAUUUGCAUGUUAAGGCCAUCAUGCACACAUUCACAGUAUCUACAGUUCUCUCAUUAACCAAUCAAGAAGCUGAAGACUCACUCAACAAUCCCAGACAUAGAUAUUUAGCUGUUUACACUUCUGUGUGUGUUUCUCCCUCCCCAAGGACAUGUACCUGAACGCCGGUGGUGUGACAGUGUCCUACUUUGAGUGGCUCAAGAACCUGAACCAUGUCAGCUACGGACGUCUCACCUUCAAAUAUGAGAGAGACUCCAACUACCAUCUUCUCAGUAAGUCCUGACCUCUUACAUCUGACCCACAACCUCUCACCUUCAAAUACAAGAGAGAUUCCCACUACCAAUGUAUUCGGAAAGUAUUCAGACCCCUUGACUUUUUCCACAUUUUCUUACAUUACAGCCUUAUUUUCCUCAUCAAUUUACACACAAUACGUCAUUAUGACAAGGCGAAAACAGGUUUUUAGAAAUUUUUGCAUAUGUAUUACAAAUAAAAAACAUACCUUUUCAGACCCUUUGCUUUGAGACUCGAAAUUGAGCUAAGGUGCAUCCUGUUUCCAUUGAUCAUCCUUGAGAUGUUUCUACAACUUGAUUGGAGUCCACCUGUGGUAAAUUCAAUUGAUUGGACAUGAUUUGGAAAUGCACACACCUGUCUAUAUGAGGUCCCACAGUUGACAAUGCAUGUCAGAGCAAAAACCAAGCCAUGAGGUCGUAGAAAUUGCUCGUAGAGCUCCGAGACAGGAUUGUGUCAAGGCAUAGAUCUGGGGAAGGGUACGGAAAAAUGUCUGAAGCAUUGAAGGUCCCCAAGAACACAGUGGCCUCCAUCAUUCUUAAAUGGAAGAAGUUUGGAACCACUAAGACUCUUCCUAGAGCUGGCCACCCAGCCAAACUGAACAAUCGGGGGAGACGGUCCUUGGUCAGAGAGGUGACAGAGCUCCAGAGUACCUCUGUGGAGAUGGGGGAACCUUCCAGAAGGACAACCAUCUCUGCAGCACUCCACCAAUCAGGCCUUUAUGGUAGAGUGGCUAGACGGAAUCCACUCCUCAGUAAAAGGCCCAUGACAGCCCACUUGGAGUUUGCCAAAAGGCACCUAAAGGACACUCAGACCAUGAGAAACAAGAUUCUCUGGGCUGAUGAAACCAAGAUUGAACUCUUUGGCCUGAAUGCCAAGCAUCACGUCAGGAGGAAACCUGGAACCAUCCAUGGUGAAGCAUGGUGGUGGCAGCAUCAUGCUGUGGGGAUGUUUUUCAGCGGCAGGGACUGGGAGACUAGUCAGGAUUGAGGGACUGAUGAAUGGAGCAAAGUACAGAGAGAUCCUUGAUGAAAACCUGCUCUAGAGCGCUCAGGACCUCAGACUGGGGCGAAGGUUCACCUUCCAACAGGACAACGACCCUAAGCACACAGCCAAGACAACGCAGGAGUGGCUUCUGGACAAGUCUCUGAAUGUCCUUGAGUGGCCCAGCCAGAGCCCGGACUUGAACCAGAUCGAACAUCUCUGGAGAGACCUGAAAAUAGCUGUGCAGCGACACUUCCCAUCCAACCUGACAGAGCUUGAGAGGAUCUGCAGAGAAGAAUGGGAGGAACUCCCCAAAUUCAGGUGUGCCAAGCUUGCAACGUCAUACCCAAGAAGACACAAGGCUGUAAUUGCUGCAAUAGGUGCUUCAACCAAGUACUGAAUAAAGGGUCAGUUUUUUAUUUGUUAUACAUGUACCGUAAUUUUCGGACUAUAAGCUGCGCCUUUUUUCCCAUUUUUCGACCCUGCGGCUUAUAUAACGGUGCGGCUAAUCUAUGGAUUUUUACAGCUAACGGCCACUAGAAGACCUCCUAAAUCUAUGGAUUUUACAGGUUACAGUCCACCAACUUUAACUCUAUGGGCUCUAUGACUGGUCCGCAACCCCCACCUUUAAGCGGCGGGCUCCAGCAGGAAAAGCUGGAGGCCGGAAAAGAGUGAGACAGGUAGCGCGCAAAAGUAAAAGUGGAACCGAGAGUGGUACGAGAGACAGAACGAGAGCAAGACAGUUUGUGCAAAUGAUGUUUUCAUGCACAAACCCUCAUUAUGGAAAACAAACGUAGAAAUGCAUAUGAUGCAGCUUUUAAGUUAAAGGCAAUCAAUCUGGCUGUAAAAGAAGGAAAUAGAGCUGCUGCACGUAGCCUUGGCAUCAAUGAGUCAAUGGUGAGACGUUGGAGACGCCAGCGGGAAGAACUGUCUCAAUGCAAAAAGUCAAAAAAAGCUUUCAGAGGUAAUAAAAGCAGAUGGCCCGAACUUGAAGACUUACUUGAAGAUUGGGUGAACACACAGAGAGCAGACGGCCGAGGUGUUUCCACCGUGCAGAUCCGACUGAAAGCUUAAACAGUCGCCACCGAAAUGAAAAUUGAAAAUUUUAGAGGUGGACCAUCCUGGUGUUUCAGAUUUAUGAGACGAAAGGGACUGUCCAUCAGGGCGCGGACGACUGUGUGUCAGCAACUCCCUCCCGACUACCAGGAAAAAAUAACAAACUUCCACGAAUUCACACAAAGAAAGAUAGAGGAAUACUCCAUCGGACCGGACCAGAUCAUAAAUAUGGAUGAAGUGCCUUUGACGUUUGACCUGCCUCUCACUAGGACUGUUAACAAGAAAGGUGAAUCAUCCAUCACGUUGAGAACCACUGGCCACGAGAGAACGAAUUUCACUUGUGUUCUUGGCUGCACAGCAUCUGGAUUAAAGCUUCCGCCAAUGGUGAUUUUUAAGCAGAUUACAAUGCCAAAAGAAAAGAUCCUGAACGGCAUCUCCUUUAAAGUCAACAAGAAAGGGUGGAUGAUGGAAAGCGUAAUGAAUGAGUGGCUGAAUGAUGCUACGUCAAACGCCCUGGAGGAUUCUUUCGCCAAAAAAAAGCUUUGCUCGUUUUGGACAGCAUGAGGGCCCAUAUAACGGAUUAUGUGAAAGCAGCCAUCAAGAGCACAAACUCGAUUCCCGCUGUGAUUCCUGGGGGCACAACGAAGCAUCUGCAGCCACUCGACAUCAGUGUCAAUCGUGCGUUCAAAGUGGCACUACGCGUUCAGUGGGAGGCGUGGAUGACUAGCGGCGAUAAAUCAUUCACCAAAACUGGUCGCAUGCGAAAAGCAACUUUCGCUCAAGUUUGCGAGUGGAUCCUGAUAGCGUGGAGGAGUGUCAAAACAUCCACGAUCAUUAACGGGUUCCGAAAGGCUGGACUGCUGCGUGAUGAAGAGGAGGACGCCGCCACAGCUGAGGCCCUUCAGAGGCUGUUCGAUUCUGACAGUGACGAAGAGGAGUUCGUUGGUUUUGAGAGCGACAACGAGGGAGAGAGGAGAGUGGCUGACGAAGCCACACUGAGCCUGUUCGUUUCCGACACAGAAGAUGAGGACUUUGGUGGUUUUAGUACGCAGGAAGAAGACGGAGAUGAGGAUUAAUGACUUGACUUUUCUGGUUACAGCUGUGUACUGCACCUUAGUCUAAAAGAUGAAGACGAGGAUUAAUGACUUUUCUGGUAGGCUGAUUACCGUAUAUUUUAAGCAGCCGUGUUGCUGCAACUUUAGGCUUACGCGCUUACUGUCGUGUUACAGGCACUUUAUUUUGCACUUUAAAAAAAACACAUUUCAUUUAGCCAUUGAUAUUGCCUCGUCAAGCGCUGUAAGCUUUGUUUUUUGUUAUGGUACUACUGUAGGCUAUAAUGUAGAUAAAUAUUCAAAGAUGUGCACACUUUUUCAAGGUUUUUCAAAAAUAACCAAAGUUAAGUGGUUAAAUGAUUGUGACGCUAUUAAUUAAUUUUGCUGGGGAACCCCUAGCACUCCCUCAAGGACCACUGGUUGAAAACCACUGCUGUAGAUCACUGCCGUUUAAGUUUGAAAGUUGAAAAGUUUGUGUGUCUGAAACGCUAUGUGAUACAGUACAGUUUACACAGCACAGUAUAUGUUCUGUAGCUACUAUUGCACUAAAUGGUAACACUUGAAUACGUUAUGCAAAUAUGCAACUUGUUUGUUGAAAUGUUAAUAAAUGGGAGCUUCCUCAAGCAGCCAUCUCUUUCCCGACAAUCCCCUCUGUGCACGAACGCUUACAUAUGGUAAUUAAACAUUAAAACACCUGCGGCUUAUAGUCCAGUGCGGCUUAUAUAUGUACACAUCAUUCAAUUUAGCUGCUGCGGCUUAUACUCCGGUGCGCCUUAUAGUGCGGAAAAUACGGUAAAAAAAAUUCUAAAAACCAGUUUUUGCGUUUUCAGUAUGGGGUAUUGUGUGUAGAUUGAUUGAGGGGAAAAAAACAGAUUUAAAUCAAUUUUAGAAUAAAUCUGUAACGUAACAAAAUGUGGAAAAAGUCAAGGGGUCUGAAUACUUUCCGAAUGCACUGUAAAGUAUGUCCUGACUCCUGACACUUGUUAAAUCAAACUUUAUUCGAAAUGCAUUGAAAAAAUCUUCAUACAUUUUAGAGCACACAUUAUGAAACAAAAUAAAACACAUAUUGCUGGGGAAAUUCAAAGGGACCACCACCUUUUGCUUUAAGCGCUUUAUCGUUGGGAAAGUGCUAAACUAUAGCCAAAGCAAGAUAAUGAUGAUUGUGAGCACUUAUGAAUGCAUUUUUCUUACAAGCUCAAUAAAAAACACAAACAUUAAAGGUAGAAGAUACAACAUUAAAAUAAAUACAUAAAAUAAGGUGAGAGGAACAGACCAAAGCAGGCUAUAGAAUAAUUGUUCAUAAAAUGUUACAUCCCGUAAAAUAAUGUUUCUCUUCUGAUCUGCCCUGGAAUGUUCAGUGCUACCCCUGACCUCCUUCCCCCUCUUCCUUUAUUUCCUCCUUUAUUUCUUCCUCUUUUAUGUGCUCGCUCUCUUUUUCCUCCUGCUCUCCUCUUUCCUCAAUGCUUAGCUCUGAUAUAUACUUCUCGAGACCAUUGACACUUUCCUUCAGGGCUGGGAAAUCUCGCGGGAAUAUCUUUAACGUCUCACUAUUACCCUGCACCAUGAUUGUCCCAGUAUUAUACACAUUUAUAGUGCCUGCAUUCGUUUUCAGUUGUGUGCCAUCUUGAAUUUCUUUCCACUGUUCUCCCUCAGGAUAGCGUUUUAGUAUUUCCUCUUUCCAUGUAGAACAUUUUGUUGUAUAGAAAAUGAGGUCGCAAGGAGCCGUUUGUCUUUCAUCACGAUAUAAAGUCUCUGGAUUUCUCUUCAAAAAUUCUUUUUUGUAUUUUUUCAUUUUUUUUUCAUCUGUCAUCCCCUCAGGGUAGUCGAUGAGGGGGGGCAAUAUGUCCAGUUGUUCUGCCUCUGCCAUUUCUAGGCCUGGCAACUAGAUUUCCUUUGACUGUUUGUUUACUGCCACCUGUAAUAAAGAUGAAUGUUAAUGUAUUUAUUUAUUUAUUUACAAAAAAAGCCCUGUCUAAAUAUUAGGAGCAGGACCCUAUAUUUCUUUAAUCUGUACUCACUCUGGAGCUAAUUAUCCGCUUUCGGAUCUCGUCUCUCUGUCCGUAGAAGAUCUGUGUUCGUUCAGUUCUGAAGCCUUUUCCUCUUCCUUUAAUGAGCCAACCUCGGUGUAGCAGGAGAUACAGUACUGUGUCCUCUCUCUUGUAAAUUGUCUCAGUUUUUUCAGAGUUGUAAGGACAACUGUAACUGGCAAUAUUUCUGCUGGUUACGCCCGUAUAUAUAGUAGGUUAAGGUGAUGUGCCAGAUAGAAAGAUAGAUGGAUAGCCUUUCUGACGUUGAUGUCUCCACUGAAAGAAAACGAUACUGAUCUGAAAUGUGUGAGUGAACCCAGAUGGAUGUUGAUUGUCUGGAUAAACUUGCAAAUGAGAUGGUUGUCAAUGAUCAGGUUACAUUGCUACAUUGCCAUCUAACUAUUUAUCUCUCUCUCUCUACCUCUCUGUCAGUGUCCGUUCAGGAGAGUUUGGAGAGGAAGUUCGGAAAGCAGGGAGGACCAAUCCCCGUUGUCCCCACCGCUGACUUCCAGGCCAGAGUCGCUGUGAGUACACACACACACACACACACACACACACACACACACACACACACAAACAACCUAUGUGGUAUGGAAAUGAUGUAGUGUGUUGGGAGUUUGAUAACACAUCUUUCCUUCCUCUCUCCACUACAGGGUGCUUCUGAGAAGGACAUUGUUCACUCUGGUCUAGCCUACACCAUGGAGAGAUCUGCCAGGGUAAGAGUGUGUGCAUGCGUACAUGUAUGCGUGUUUGUGUGUUUGCGUGUGUUUGUGAGGUUAGUGCCAAUGAGUCAGAUCCUAGAAUUUAAUUAUAUGUUCUCUAUGAGUCAGACUGUGAUAAUGACAGUGCCCCCACCCUGGCCUGGGGCACCUCUCAACCACACCACCAUGUGUCUGUGUAUAUUUGUGUCAGUGUGUGUGACUGGUUUUGCCAGUGUAACUGGUAUCUAACUAGUGUUUGUGUGUGGUUGUGUGUUUUGUCCCCCUGUAGCAAAUCAUGCGUACGGCCAGUAAGUACAACCUGGGUCUGGACCUGCGGACGGCUGCGUACGUCAACGCCAUCGAGAAGGUGUUCAAGGUCUACAACGAGGCCGGCAUCACCGUCACA